UAUUGUUAGUAAUAAAACGUAGGUGUUGCAGACACCAUCCACUCAUUGCUUCAAAGGUGAGUCAGCAACUCACCAACUCCAAUCCAACUUCCCUCAGAAACAAUCUUUCUAUACCUGAAUCCACUCACCUGUUCGUCAUAUUAGUAUCUCAAACAACACUGGCACCGAGGCAAAAAUAUGAAGCUGUUGGCAACCAUGAAGUUUUGAGUCCCAGUAGAAGCCUGAACUCUCUACAGGUCUAUAAAGUUCUUGGUAAAAUAGGACCAACGCCAUGUACUGAGCUAGUUCUGACAGAUUGGUGAGAAAUUUCUUCUGAAUUUAUGCAAGAGAGAGCAAACACAAGUAGUCCAUCGUUCUGAUUACCGUCAAGGAGAACAGCACCACACCAGCAACAUGGACUGGGUGGAACAAUUUAACAUUUCUGACCUGAAAGGACCAAAGAAUCCGCCAACAUCUGGUCCACUGAGUUUCACCAGCAGACAGCUCCCUCGAGAUUACUACGAUGUUAAAUCAAUGAAGGUAAAGCUUAUCUGCAACUUCGGUGGCACUUUCUUGCCAAGGCCAAGCGACGGCGAGCUCCGGUACAUCGGUGGUGACAGGCAUCUGAUGAAAAUUAGCCGGGACAUUUCUUGGCAAGAGUUGGUCAGCAAGACAACAAGGCUAAUAAGGAGAGCCCACACAAUAAAGUACCACCUACCAGGGGAGCAACUGAGCAUGCUCAUCUCCAUCACCUCCGAUGAUGACCUCCGGCAUAUGAUUGAUGAGUGCAUUGUGCUAGAGGAAAACAGAGAAAUGAUCAACAUGUACCUCUUCUCUCGCAAGGACGAUGAGCGCCACAUGCGUUUCGUGGUACAAGGCUCAUCCGAUGCCGAGAAAGAGGCGCAGUUCAUCGCUCUUGUCAAUGGGAUCAUCACCACACCAGGUUAUGAGCCGAGAGCACACAGCAUCGGUAGAUCCUCGGCCAAUGACCUGGACCAGCUGAUGUUUGGCAUCGGUGUGGAAGCAGGGCCGCCGGCAGGCAGAACAGAGGAAGCUUCAGUGCCCAUCAAAAGCAAGCCCUUGCAGAGUAUCGCGGUACCGCCAGUGAUAGCAGGUGGUCAGCUGGAGAGGACUCCCCCAAGUACCCAGAGACGGAUAAUCAACCAGUAUUAUAAGGCACAAGGUAACGAAGAUAGCAUGAUCUCUGCAGCCAGAAAGACUAGUAAAGCUUCCCCUGGUGCAUCUGCGCCUUCUGAAUCCACGGUGCAGCAUCAACAGACUACCACAGACACUUACAGAACUACUGGGGCACAGGAAAAAAUAUCACCAAGGAAACAGCUUCAGAUACCAUUGGACAACAGUAGUGUGACGACGCAGCCAUCAAAUUCACUAAGGAAGAACACUAAUUUCCAGCCGCACAACAGGAUGGAGAUAUCUGAACCUAGUCAUGAAUCCACUAGUCCUGGCGGCAACGUCAGUGCAAACUUGCAGUAUCCGGAGAGGUCAGUUCCAACCAACAGCAUCCAGAAGAACCAACCUGCAGGUCCUGCAACAUCGGUACUUCCUUUUGCUUCUACACCUUUAGACAAAAGGAUAAAUCUGCAACCAAAUACUCUUGUACGUGCUUCGAGUGAUACAAUACAAGAACGACCCAGCAGUCCAACAACAGAUGAGCAUUCAUCAGAAAUCACUCGAUUUCGCUCGGUUGGCACUGGCAUCAUUAAUCCUCAAAUCAGAGCUCCAUUGCAUGAAGCUGAAGAAAAUGCUGCACCAUCAAUCCCAGAGGCUGAGCUACGUGAAACCAAGAGCAGUGAAAAAUCUCUGCCUGCAAAUGCAGUGUUGGGCAGAGAUCUUAUGAGUAAUGUCCAGAUAAUAAGCAACGAUGACCUCGAAGAUCUCCGUGAGAUGGGUGCCGGAGCAUUUGGAACUGUUUUUCAUGGAAAAUGGAGGGGAACAGAUGUUGCCAUUAAACGGAUAAACAACAGCUGUUUUUCAUACCAAUCAUCACAGGCAGAUAAACUGAUAACAGAAUUUUGGAGAGAGGCUGCUAUCAUCUCAAAACUUCACCAUCCGAAUAUUCUGGCACUUUACGGGGUUGUGAAUAAUGGGCCAGGGGGGACAUUAGCUACUGUAACAGAAUUCAUGGUCAAUGGAUCUCUGAAGAAAGUACUCAGUCGCAAGGACAAAUAUCUCGAUUGGCGCAAGAGGGUACUUGUUGCAAUGGAUGCCGCCAUUGGAAUGGAAUAUUUGCACUCCAAGGACAUUGUCCAUUUCGAUCUGAAAUGCGAUAACUUGCUAGUGAAUGUUAAGGAUCCCUCUCGUCCCAUAUGCAAGGUUGCCGAUUUUGGUUUAUCAAAGAUGAAACAAGCCACCAUGGUUUCUGGUGGAAUGAGAGGAACUCUUCCAUGGAUGGCCCCAGAAUUGUUGACAAUGAGUGGCACAAAAGUAUCUGAAAAGGUCGAUGUCUAUUCUUUUGGCGUUGUGAUGUGGGAAAUUCUCACUGGUGAGGAUCCAUAUGAUGGCAUGCACUAUGGAGGAGUUAUAGGGGGUAUUUUGAGUGACACACUGAGGCCGCCAGUGCCCACUUCAUGUAACCCGGAAUGGAGGAAACUCAUGGAGCAAUGCUGGUCAACUGAGCCUGAGCGAAGACCUUCAUUUACUGAAGUCGCAACUUGUCUUCGUUCUAUGCUGCAAGCGCAAAAAUGAAUCUCAGUUAAUAUGCAAGAACUGAAGAACACCUCUCUAUGCAUGCUUGUGUGUGUGUCUAUAUAUAUCCUUCUUGCACAUGAUCUAGACAAACAUGAAUAUUUGUUUGAGUUUCAUAUCUGUUUUGUUUUGAGAAAAGUGUAUAUUGUUGGUCCCUCAAGUUUACAAGUAGACAUUGGAUCCCUCAUCUUUUUUCCGUCGA